GAGAGGUGGUACCUGAGCAGAGGAUUGAUCGUGUCAGACAAUGGGAAACAUUUGUUGCUCUAAAGGUGCGUGCAGGGUCCUGCCACAGCAGUCAUCACCAGUUCUGGACUUCCCAGUGGAACAUGUCAGUGAAGGAGAACAGGCUGCCAGCACUCCAGUGCUUGUCUUCGGAUCCAAUGACCUGUAUACUCCAAAUUUAGAGGAAUCCAGCCCUGUGUUCACAUAUCCUCAGAAGUGGGCCAUUCCAGUCAGGGACUGUCUGAAACCUCUGUCAGAGAAGAACAGUUUGAUAAACGAUUGCAUUUUGGAGUCACUUGAGGAUUUGCCCACAAGUGAAGAAUUUCCAGAGGGUUCUGAUACAGGUGUCUUCAGUGGUGGAUCAGAGGGAGAUGUGUCUUCAUCUGACACUGAGGUAGCACAUACUUCUACCUCAAAGAAGCCACUGAAGAAGCGGUUUAUAAAGGUGAAUCUACGAAACCAGGCGAGAGAUGGAAGACUGAAGGGAACUGAGGUGGUGCGGAUAUCUAAAUUAUCGAAAGAUGUUACCUUCCUGGAUUCAGAUGAGGACAGCAGUGGAUGCAGUAGUGACAGUUUAUCCCAUGUUUCACUACCUGGAAUGGAAGCUCCAAUCACCUCCACCACAUUCACUGAAGAGUUGCGACGGUUGAAUCCAAGUUUCGAGACUGGUAAAGGUGAACCUCAGUUGACUACCAUGGCUCCAUUCUUCUCCACCCGAAAUGAUGUACAGUUCAGAAGGCUGAAUCCCAGUCUUGAGAGUGGUGUAGGUGGACCUCAGCAGAUUGACAUGGCUCCAUUCAUCUCCACCCGAAAUGAUGAACAAGUCAGAAGGAUGAAUAUACAUUUGGAGACUGGUGAGGGUGGACCUCAACGGACUGAGGUGGCAUCAUCAUCAUCCUCCAGUGAUGGUUUGGCUUUGGAGAGUUCAGAUGAUGAAAGCCUCCAUGACUGAGAGACUCCAGUUAGAUGGUACUGUGCAAAGAUGGCUAGCUGCCUGAGGGCUCUGGCAGCCACAGCACUCCUGACAGCAGAAACAUCCAGAAUCUCACUGGGCCAACAGCUUGAGGUUUUUCCUCCAUUCUAGGUCUGUAGUUUGAUAGAUUCAGAGAUAUUUAUGGAUAACUGAUACUUGCAUAACUAUUAGGCUAUCUUCCUAUGCCACCUUCCCUCCCCCCUCCGCUGUCAUAGCUCUCUCUUAAAGUUUGUAAUGGGUUAAACCUUGCUACUUUACUACCAGCUCCUCGGAUUUUAGGACAUAAGUGUACACAUAUAAUUGCUCAUACUUAUGCCAGCAGGCAAGACUUAACUGUCAGACCCAGAACAUAUAUGGUUCACAGAUUGCAGUAGCUACAUAGUCAGUGGUGAAAGGAAGGCUAUGGUUUCCUCAACUGAACUUAUACUCAGGUCCUCUUGGAACCUCAACCCAGAAGGCUGAGCUUAUAGCAUUAAAUAGGGCACUUAGCCCAGGAGAGGACUGUUGCCUAAACAUAUAUACUGACCCCGAACUAUUCCUUUAUGCUAGUCAUACCUCCACAGCUAUAUGGAAAGAAUUUAGAAGGCUGACAGGGAAAUAUUCUGAUUAAAUAUGAUGAGGAGAUUUUAAAAUUACUACAUAUAGUCCACUUACCCCAGAAAGUACCUAUCACACACUGCUGGGGACACCAUCAAAAUGGUGUAAGUGUGGUCUGUAAUGGAAAUCACAGAGAAGGUUCAGAGACCAAGCA